UCUCUGUCCUCAGUGUUUAAGAGUUCUGUUUCUCUCUGUAAUUGUUUCCUUGUGCAGCUCCUGGCUCCAGCGGUCGACUGGUUGGAUUUCCUGUUGUCCUCACUGUCUCCUCUGGAGCUGAACGACACAGAAGCCGUGGUCCUGUAUGCCAAAGAGUACCUGCAGCAGGUGUCAGACCUCAUUAACAAGACGGACCGCAGUCUGUUGAAUAACUACAUGAUGUGGACCCUGGUUCAGAAGAGUGUGGCCAGUCUGGACCAGCGUUUUGAGAACGCUCAGGACAAACUGCUGGAGAGUCUCUUAGGAACCAAGAAGCAAAAGUCCUGCACCCCCCGCUGGCAGACCUGUAUAGUGAACACCGAUGACACGCUGGGCUUUGCCCUGGGAGCCCUCUUUGUGAAGGCAACAUUCGACAAACACAGCAAAGACGUGGCUGAGGAGAUGAUCAACGAGAUCCGCUCAGAGUUUAAAAAAUCUCUGGACAAAUUGAGCUGGAUGGAUGACCAAACUAGACAAGCUGCAAAAGACAAGGCAGAUGCAAUCUAUGACAUGAUUGGAUUCCCAGAGUUCAUCCUGGAUCCCAAAGAGCUGGAUGACGUUUAUGACGGGUAUGACGUGUCAGAUGACAGCUUCUUCCAGAACAUGUUGAACUUCUACAACUUCUCUGCCCGAGUGAUGGCCGACCAGCUGAGGAAGUCACCCAACAAAGACCAGUGGAGUAUGACGCCCCCUACAGUUAACGCCUACUACAUGCCCACCAAGAAUGGGAUCGUCUUCCCUGCUGGGAUUCUACAGGCUCCUUUCUAUGCCCACAACCACCCAAAGGUGUUAAACUUUGGUGGUAUCGGGGUGGUGAUGGGCCACGAGCUUACUCACGCCUUUGACGAUCAGGGUCGAGAAUAUGAUAAAGAAGGGAACUUGAGGCCAUGGUGGCAAAACACAUCUGUGGAGGCCUUUCGUCUGAGGACCGAGUGUAUGGUGGACCAGUACAGCAACUACACUGUUAACGGAGAACACGUUAAUGGAAAACAGACACUUGGAGAAAACAUCGCUGACAACGGAGGAUUAAAGGCUGCAUACCAUGCCUAUCAGUCAUGGGUCAAGAAGAAUGGAGAGGAAAAGAGACUUCCUGCUGUAAACCUGACCAGUGACCAGCUCUUCUUUGUUGGAUUUGCACAGGUGUGGUGUUCAGUGCGAACACCAGAGAGUGCUCAUGAGAGCCUGGUGACUGACACUCACAGCCCCCCCAGAUUCAGAGUCAUCGGAACUCUUGCUAACUCUCCAGAGUUUAGCCUACACUUCAACUGUCCCACGAGGACGCCCAUGAACCCUGGGAGGCGCUGUGAGGUCUGGUAAACAGACUGGAGGGUGGUGUUGGUGGUGUUGGUGGUGGAGGGUUUCCGGGAAUCCGUUACUGAUUAGCAGGUUAUUUAUCAGGACUUGAUCAAGGUAAUACACUGUGGAUGUCACGCUGAAAUUCAGAGACGUGAAGGACUGACGAUGAUGACGAUGAUGACUCUGAUGACGAGGAAGCAACGUGCCAUAAAGUUUCUCAUUUCUGCUUCAUCACUGUUGUUGAUUAUGGGUAGUGUGUGUGUGUGUGUGUGUGUGUGUGUGUCUGCGUGCUGCUAUCACCUGAAUGUCACUGUAACACUGUCGCUGUCGCUCUUUCUCUCUCUUUGGAAUGACAUCACUGUGAUGAAACCAUUAGGUCAUGUGUUUCACAGCGAUGUAAAACUUCUGAGUAACAGAAAAUGUGACCUACAGUGAAGUGGAGGUCUGUGUUCAUUUUUGCCACUAAAUGACAAAAUUUCUCUCAGUGAAAUUGCUUUUGUUUUUUAUUUAUAAACACAGUCAUAACAGAGUUAUAGUUAAUUCUUGUCCAAUGAAAAACCAGCUCUUCUGCUGCUGUGUGCCUUGUUUCAUGUUGUUCAUUUAGUAAAAUCUACCAUCACUUUCAAAUGUUCAAGACAUAGACAGGUCGAUCCGGAGGCAUAGGUUGUGAUGUUCUACCAUUUGUGUUUCACUGCUCAUUUUAUUGUAUUUUCAUUUAUUUUGACAAAGUGAAAACUGUUUCUAAUCUUUCCAUUACAGUUGCCUAUGUGUGAUAUUUUAACCAAUGCAGCAGGCAGGUCUUAACAACCAUCACAGUUGAGACCCAUAGGGAACAUGUCAAGAGAAAGGCAUCUGUACCACAGCUCAAAUUUAGAGUUCCUCAACCACUGGGCCGCGGGCCAGUACCAAGCCGGUAGUCAUUUUACACCUGGAUGCAAAGAAAAAUAAUCAACCUAUUUUUCAUGUUGUUAAUUUAUCACAAACUAUGUUUCAUUUUGAAAAUGACCAGAUUGUUUCCUGGUCAAAAUAUCAGUUGGAACAUGUGAAGAGUCUUUUCAAAAUAAAAGUAUUUCCAAAAAGAGAAAGGUCACAGAGGAAAAAGUAGAGCAGCCUUCAGCUUCAAAAUAAAAGAAUGUUCUACUCUAAUAAUCUUUAUAUUUGUUCAAAUGACAUUUGUUUCAUUUAUUUUAUUUUGUCCUGUAUUUUUCUGCACUUUGACAACUGUUCUGAGAAAAUAUAGUCUUAACAAGAACCUGGUCUGUGUUGAGAAAAAGUGUUUUUUCAUCUAAUUUGUUAGAUUUCAUGACUUGAGCAAAACUCAGAUGAAAUUAAAUUAUAUUGACUGUCCACAGACUGAAUAAUGUUUUCUGUUACUCAGAUGGUCCAUUACACUGUAAACCAAAACAUUCCACCAAGUAAGCUCUUUAUUCAUUUAGUCUAGCAUUCUUGUGAAAAGUACCAUUACAGAUCCUCCUCUCAGUUUAUCAAUGUGACGAUGCACUUAAAGUGUUCUUCAGGUCAGGAAAUCACAGAAAUACAACCAAAACUAAUAAAAGAUUUUUUGGGCCAGUAACUGCUCUAAACUUUCUUAUCAUGCUGCUCAUAGAAUCAUCAUUUUCUCCCUAUUGGAGAUCAUGAAAAUAUAGACCUAUUUUACAAUUAGUAUUGUACUGAUAAAGGUAAAAUAAUGUUAAAUUAUUUUCAGUUUAAUAAUGAACCUGCAAGUCUCAAAAAUGUCUUGCCGAUUACAAAGCUUGUGUUGAAUUUGAAGAUUGUCUUCAGUCACUUAUUACCAUGAUAACCUGCAGUUAAUAACACAGCGCCCUCUUUGGUAAAGAACAAGAACAGGCCUUAAAGAAAUUCAGAUUACACGAGAGAAUUUGGAAACGUUGCCUUAAAUUUAAGACUAAGCCUUAAAAAUGAAGCAAGUUUUAGUUGCAGGCAUCACCUGUCAGGUCGGUCAAGUCCAGUCAGGCUUUUGUUUUGUUUACAGUGA